AGGGGCUGUUCCCAGCGCAGUGAGUUGCGAACUUUGCGUGCUGCAUCAUGUCUGGCCGGGGCAAGGGCGGCAAGGGGCUCGGCAAGGGCGGCGCCAAGCGCCACCGCAAGGUGCUGCGCGACAACAUCCAGGGCAUCACCAAGCCGGCCAUCCGCCGCCUGGCUCGGCGCGGCGGCGUCAAGCGCAUCUCGGGGCUCAUCUACGAGGAGACGCGCGGCGUGCUCAAGGUCUUCCUGGAGAACGUGAUCCGCGACGCCGUCACCUACACGGAGCACGCCAAGAGGAAGACGGUCACGGCCAUGGACGUGGUCUACGCCCUCAAGCGCCAGGGUCGCACUCUCUACGGCUUCGGCGGCUAAACUCGGUUCUUGCUACAUCUUAGCGCUUCUACAACACAAAGGCUCUUUUCAGAGCCACCCACAAGUUUCAUAAAAAGAGCUAUAAAUCGCUA